AUGCCGAUGCCGCGAACGGCGCAGCAGCAACAGCAGCAGCAGCAGCAGCAGCAGCAAUGGACGGAAGCAGAAGGGGGAGAUGCAGCAGCAGCAGCUGCUGCAGUUGGGGCUCGUCUAGCUGAUAGCAACGACCUCCAUGGUAGCAGCGGGGAAGAAGGAGAAGCAGUUUGCUGCUGCUCUUCUUCUGACUAUGCAGCAGAAACACCAGCAGCAGCAGCAGCAGCAGCUGCUGCUGCAGCAGCAGCAGCAACAGCAGCAGCACAUGAAUACCGCACAGGCAGCAGCAAUCGCCAACGCCAAGGUAGUGCUGCUGCGGAAGCUGCUCACAGCAGCGCUGCUGCUACUCCUGCUGCUGCUGCUGCUGCUGCUGCUGCUCCCUUGGAUGAAACCCCUUCGCUGCUGCACCUCAGCAGCAGCAGCAGAACAGAUUUCUCUUCGUUGCCUCUCCGCCCAUCAGCAGCAGAGCUGGGACGGCACGAGGUGGGUGGGGGGCCCUGGGGCCCCCACCAGCAGCAAUCGCACGAGCAGCAGCAACAGCAGCAACAGCAGCAGCAGCAACAGCAGCAGCAGCAGCAGCAGCAGCAGCAGCAGCACAGCAACAGCAGCAACAGCAGCAGCAGCAACAGCAGCAGCAGCAGCAGCAGCAGCAGCAGCAGCAGGCCAUGCUCAGAGAAGUAA